UCUUGUUGAGGAGCAAGAUGUUAAAAUCACUUUCAAGCCUGAAAAACAUGCUGAUGAACUCAUGAAAGUGGCCGAUGAAUCUGUAUCAAAAGUUUUAGAUUGGAUUAAAAGAAGUUCUGGUACUGAAGAUAAGAAACAUGUAUCAGCCAGAUCCCAAGGCUGGGAACCCAAAGAGGAAGUGGACUUCUCAUCCAGAAAAGCAGUUCUUCCUACAGAACACAGUGGGCCUAGCAUGGAUGGAAAAACAAAAGUUAGAAAAGAGUUAUCCUUUGGAAAGAUUAAACAAUGGAAUAGUAUUUCACCUACAUCAUUUAUUUCAGAAGAUACACAGCUGAUAAAAGAGAGGGUGAAAGGGGAAGAGAAUGAGGAGCAAAAUGACAAAUCACUAACUGAAUUUGACUGUUCAAGAGCUGAAGAAAGAGAACAUGGUCAGGAAAUCAAGCAACAAAAUAAAAAAUCAAAUUUAUUAGAAAAUCAAGAACACAAGCUACCAGUUCAGAAAUGUGAAUUAGAGAAGGCAAUACUAGAAAAAAGAAGAAUAAAGGAGAUCAGAGCAUUCUGGGAAAGGGAUAAAACUAUCCCCAGUCAUGGAAAGAACAAAGUUAAUAUCAAUACUAAUGUAUCAGGUGGCAGUGCUCUGAAAAGUCUCAGAGAAAGUGACAAAAUAAAACCAACUGUGGUAUACCUACCUAAUGAAUUGGAUGAUCAAAGCAAAAAUAUUUUAAGAAGUGUUGAAGUAAGUUGUGCAAGCCAGGCUUCAAGAAAUGAACAUCAAAACUCUUCUGAGUUUGGACCAGGCCAUGCAGUUGAAAAAGUAGAAAGAACACUUCCUUCUGAUGGUAAAGUUCAUGAAUAUACAGAAUUGCCAAAAGCGAGUAACUUGCAGCCAAGAGUUGGUGCCACUUCAGCUUCCCUAGAAAGCAAAGACAAAGAUGAGAAAGAAACACUUAAAGGAAAAGUUGUUACUUCUUCCCAGCAGAAGCCCAGGUUCCAGGUUUUGUCUUUAAAAGAAAAACUGAGUGAAAAGUUCAAGAAUCAAAUUUCAGAUUCUUCACAGUUCCAGAGUUUGAGAAACUUCUGGGAUACUGGAGUUAAAUUACAGAAUAGCAUUGAUAGGGGAGAUAUUUCUUUGCCAAAUACUAGUUCAAUAACUUAUGAAAGAAAGUCAAGGGAAGAUAAAGGCAGAGAUAAUAUGAGCAAGCAAGAGUUAAUUCAACAACAAACCCAAACAUCUGAGAGAGAAAAAACACAGAAAUUAGAUUCUAUGGUAUGUGAACUGCCUCCAGGAUCACCUACCCUGAAAGGUCUGAAUGUGGCACACACAAAAAAUACAUGCUCUGUCCAGCUGGAAGGAAAAACAGUUAUCUCAAAACCCCAGGAAAAGAUGGUUCUUCCAGAGCAAGAAGUUAAAGAAUGUAAAAAAAAAAGUAUUGUUUCAUCAAAAGAACAUCAUGUUUCCUUGCAGUUUCUCCAAUCACCUGGUGAUAAAGAUGCUUUAAAGGAGACAGCAGUAGAUGAUUGUCUAUGUUUACCUAUAGAAAAAGUGGAGAACAAGACUACUCCAUUAGAUGUCAGUCUCCCUAAAGACAAAACUGCAGAAACUGUGGAUAAGGUUGCUCUACCUAAAGCUGAACUUGAUGUAUUCAAAUUAGGCCUAAAGAAGUUAGAAAAGGAAGCCUCUGAGACGUCAUCUAGCUUGAACCUAAAAGAAAACAUUCUGAAAGAGCCAGAUCAGUGCAGGGUCUUUGAAAGAACAGUAGAACAGAGCCAUGACAUUUCUCCUGCUGAUCAAAAAGAAGAAAUAAGCAAAAGCACAGGAAAAAUGAAUGUGGCAUCAACGGAUGAACAUGAAAACAAAAAAAGCCUCAGGAAACUGUUUAGGGAAUUUGAACCUUUCUGUCUACAACAUCAGGCAGCAGACAAGGAUGAUACUCUUGAGGGUUCUCAGAGGCCUCAAGCUGGCUUGCAGAACCUGCUCAGAGAAACCUUUGCAUAUCAACCUUCUGAAUAUACAAGGAUGGGAAUGAAAACACCCGAUGACGUGAAUAGUAUAUCACAAGCUAAUUGUAGUAUAGAAUCAACAUGCCAAGAAGAUACUCAUCAGCCUGAAGAGGUCAAUGAGACCGCAGAAGAGUCUGUCGCUCCAUCCAAGGUCAGCAGCUUGAAUUCUGCUUUAGAGAAGCUGAUGAAGGAAGCCUCUGAAACACCACCUCCUAAACCGAAACGUGCCAUUAGCACAGUACAGAGAACUGCUGAGAUGGAAGUUAAAACCACGACCUAUGAGCAUGAUAGAGACUUGCCACAGGAAAUCAGUGAGACCAUAGAAAAGUCUGUUGCUCCAUCCAAGGUCAGUGGCUUGAGUUCUGCUUUAGAGAAGCUGAUGAAGGAGGCCUCUGAAACACCACCUCCUAAACCGAAACGUGCUGACAGCACAGUAUGGAGGCCUGCUGAGGUGGAAGUUAAAAGCACAACCUAUGAGCAUGAUGGAGAGUUGCCACAGGAGAUAAGUGAGACCAUAGAAAGAUCUGUACUGUCUGAGGCUGAAUAUGAAAUAUCUGAUGUUAAUUUGCUGAAGCUACCAAAGGAGAUUUCUGAAACACCAGCUUCUGUGGUGGAAAAUACGGAUAAGAAAAUACAAAGUAAAAUACAGACUAGUCAAAGUUUGUAUGUUCCACAUCAACAAGAGAGAGAUCCUCCUCAAGAAAUACAAGAAACAAUAGAAAAAACUUCUGUUUCAAAUAUUGCAAAAUUCAGUGAAUUCAGUAGCUCUUUAGAACAGCUUCUUCAAGAAGCAUCUGAAACUUCAUCUCCAAUAUCCAAAGAGUUACAUAAACCAGAAAAGUUUGGGGAUCAUACAUUUCCAUCACAAAAAGAGACUCUAUUGAUGACAAUGUCACAGCCAUAUAGUGCUUUAAGUAGCUAUCAUACACAGACGAAGAUAGCUGUCAAAGGGGGGGCUCCAGAACAAAAUAUCAAAGCUUCAGUAAAUGAUCUUGCAGUAAAUGAAAUUGAAGCUUCUGAUCUUCCUAGAAGAAAUGGAGCUAUUAAUAAAACAGAAGAGAGAAGCAUGGCUCCAGUUGAUCUUCUUCCCUUGGAAGGAGAGACCAAUAUGAUUGCAAUCAAGCCAUUCAAGAUAAAUGAAAAAGGAAGGAGAGAUGAAAGCACAUCCUUGGAUGCCUCUGAAAAGAAUUCAGAAUUUAAAGCACUGUUGAAAUUCAGAAGAGCAAGCACACCACUUAAAGAUGAGAGCAUCUCCCCCCAGCCAGAAGGAGCUCAACUCUGCCUAAGGUCUCAGCAUGAGGAUAAUGAUGAAGAGGAAGGGGACAGCUCAAAUUUGGGAUCCAGGUUUUCAGAUGAAAACUCUGAGUCCUACUCUGGAACCAGAAGUUCAACUUGUUCAGAAGAAGAAUUAAACCCUGUUUUGAUGGCUUUGAAAAGGAGUGCAGAUAGGAAAAUGGCUUCCAAAAGUCUAGAGGACAUUUCAUCAGCCACCUCAAAUAAAGGAAAAAUAAAUAAUCCAAAGGAAGAAUUAGCUCUUAGUGCUGAAGAUGGUCUGAAACCUGAUCAGCAUCAAGAGAGGAAUGAAAAUACAGCAGGAAUUUCCACAGUGCCUUCACAGCCUGAUAAGCUGUUUUCCAGUCCUGAAAAACUCAAAGGACUGAGCAAGUCAGUACCAUCAUUCCUACAGGAAGAGAGUGAUAACAGAGAGACAGAUACAGCAUCAGAAAGCAGUUAUUCCCUUGGCAGAAUCAAGAAGAGUCCCAGCUCUCUAACCACUCUUAGCGGCUCUUCUGGCAUGGCCUCCUUAUCCUCUGUGAGCGGAAGUCUAAUGAGCAUUUAUAGUGCAGACUUCGGCAAUGUUGAUGUGAAGGGGAACAUUCAGUUUGCUAUUGAUUAUGUAGAACAGCUGAAUGAGCUCCACAUUUUUAUUUGCCAGUGUAAAGACUUGGCAAUGGCAGAUGUUAAGCGACAGCGUUCAGACCCGUAUGUAAAGACCUACCUGCUUCCAGAGAAAUACAAGCUGGGCAAACGGAAGACCUCCAUCAAAAAGAAAACUUUUAAUCCAGUCUAUAAUGAAAUACUGCGGUAUAAAAUUGAGAAGGGUCUCCUAAAGAACCAAAGCCUUAAUAUUUCUGUCUGGCACAAUGAUACCUUUGGGAGGAAUAGCUUCCUUGGUGAAGUGGAGCUGGAUUUAGGAACUUGGGACUGGAAUGAUAAAUCCAACAAGCAGAUGAAUUGGUUUCCACUCAAGCCAAGGACUUCAACAAUGGCUUUUAAACCAGAAAACAGAGGGGAGAUGAAACUAGCCCUCCAGUAUGUCCCACGCCCUGUUGGAGGAAAGAAGACUCUCUCUACUGGUGAGGUCCACAUCUGGGUGAAGGAAUGCCAUGACCUUCCUCCUCUAAGAGGCAACAGGCUCAACUCUUUUAUUAAGUGUACCAUUCUUCCAGAUACUAGCAGAAAAAGUCGCCAGAAAACAAGAACAGUGGCAAAAACUACGAACCCAGUAUUCAACCACACCAUGGUCUAUGAUGGCUUUAGACCAGAAGAUUUGAAAGAAGCCUGCAUAGAACUUACAGUCUGGGAUCACAACAAACUAGCCAACCACUUUCUGGGAGGUCUCAGGAUAGGCCUUGGAACAGGCAAAAGCUAUGGAACUACAGUAGACUGGAUGGAUUCUACUUCAGAUGAAACUGCCCUUUGGGAGAGGAUGAUGAACUCGCCAAACACAUGGAUAGAAGAUACACUACCUCUCAGGAUGCUAAUGGUUGCAAAAUUGACAAAAUAAGGUGGCUUUUUAAUUGCUAGUGUCAAAAGGAAACCUUGGUAAUUAAAUUAAAGGUGUGGGAGUGAAACUUGGAAGAGGAACACAGUAGCUCUUUUGACAGUCUCUGCUUCAUUGCUGUUCUGGUUUUGUGCUGUCAAAUGUCAUUUCGUAUUUCAGUUAAACUUCUGCCUGCAGAUUACUAUGUAAAUUUAAGGGAUUCUUUUAUUUCUUAGUCACUGAAAAUGACUUCAACAAAGAAGGCACUUGCAGAAUUCAGUGGUAGAGGUAGCUGUGAUACCUGGAUGCUUAUGUUGCCUAACUGAAGCAUUGCUGAUCCCUUAAAUAAUGUAAAUUACCAGCAAAAAUUUAAGAGCGAGUUAACUCUUUCUGUACACUUCUAGGAUUGUUCAUGAAGUGUUAUUAAUAAGACAGCAGCAGGUUGCAUUUUCAUGCUCAUUAGUAUGUGUUUGUAUCCUCAUUAUGCCAUGUCAGAUCUCUCCAGUGAGGAAUACAAGCAUGAAGCAUUUUUUUGAAAGUUCCUUUAUUUGUAGUUGUACAUUUCUAGGAUAUGGAAGUUGUUUCUGUAAUGAAAGAAGCAUUACAUGAAGUGGUACUGUCCGUGUCCUAUUCUGCAAGGUAUAGAGGACUGUUAGUUCCAAUGUACUAUAAACAAAAUCAGGGUUAUAAAAAGUUUGCUUAUAUAUGCAUUAAUCAUCUUGCUAGUAUACAAUCCUUACUCUUAAAUGCUGAAGGCAUAGAGGUGAAACUUUUUUUAUUCAAAUGCUACUCUAAAGGAUCUAAACAUGCCAAUUUUAGUGCUGACAAGUAUGUUGGGUAUUUAUUCUGUAAAGUGUACUCCUCUGUACCUGUAUCUACUAGCUUGUUUUUUUGCAAAAAAAGUAAUUUAUCUGUGCUUCAGCGCCACCGUUAGGAGAAUGCUGGGAUUAGGGUGGUCUUGGUUUAGAUAGCUUUGCAGCAUAGGAAAUCGGACUGGAAUUUGUAACUUGUAGAAAUGCAUGCUACUAAAGAAAGAUAAAUGCAUAAAAUACAAAAUGUAUUACUUUUUUUUAUUAAAAGCAGCCUAUUAAAGCUAAAUAGGAAUUCAAUGUUUAUUAAAACCCAGUGUUUUAUGUUAGCAAUUCAGCAUGCAAUAUAAAAAAAUGCAGACAGAAAGCAUUUCUGAAAAUAAAUGCAUAUUUAUUUUUUCCAACUGUGUAGGUCUAAAAGCUGGUGAAAUCUUGCACCUCAGUUAGAGUACAGAGGAGAAGGGGGCUUUUCACAGCUCCAACUCAGUUGCUUAAUUGAAUCAUAGAAAUUUAAAUGCUACUCGGUAUUUAUUAUACACUAUGAAUGGAAAAAAGGAAAGGUGCUGUUCAACCUGCCAGGGAACCCACUUUCUCUUGUCAGUCUUGAUCUCUUACUGCUUCAGGUGUUUUGGAUGAGAUUGGUAGCUGCUACAAAUUCCACUUUCCCCAGAUACAUACAAAACAUUUGUCUUGUAUGACUAGGGAGCAACGUGUGUGUGACACUUCAGAACAAUGUGUUUGUACUUAAAUGGUACAGCAGCUACUUUGCUUCUGUAUUUUUAAAUAGCCACUCCUGAAAGGGUGGUGAUUCUGGAAAAGUGAAGAGGCACCUUGUUUAUUUGUAUUCACUGCCUAUAUUAAUUCAUUUUCACCUGAAAACAUAGGCUGCUGUGAACAUGACCUAUAAUUUCAUAGGAUUAAAGUUUUUGUUGUUGUUGUAUUUCCUCUGAAGCUGAAAUACAUUGCUAUGUCAAAAUAGCUUUGGUACUUCAGAUGUAGGAAUGGGGUCUUGAGGCUCUAGAUUUGCAGGCAAGUGUCAUGUAAACUGCUAUGUUCUACACUGUACAAAAUUUUGAUAGUUAAACUUGAAUGCCAUCAAAAUAAAAUGUUUGGUUUGUGACAGUGUCAA